ACCAACGUCAGACGGACAGUGGCACACUACUGACAGAUCGGAAAAAAUUAGUGCAAUACCUAGAGGAGUUAACUGGCUAGUGUCAGCUGACGGAGAAUGGCUUACUCGAAACUUUUUACCAUCCUUCUGCUGGUUGUCAUCAUUGGCAUCGUCGCCGCGAAACCAGGAUACCUCGGUGGAUACGGAUACGGUGGCUAUUAUCCUUACAUCUACAGAUAUCCCGCUUACGGGUACGGACAUGGUUUUGGACAUUAUGGCUACCCGCAUUACGGUUUUGGUCACGGAUAUGGUCACUAUGGUGGUUAUUACUAAAAGAAAUGACGACCAUUU